GGUAAUAUCAAAUAAAAUGGGAGUCCCGAUAUUUCAACAAGUUAAUAGCAACCAAACACAUUUUUUAAAAAUGGUUCUAGGAUUAACAGUAUCUGUUAAUGGUCAACUUACUGUUGGUUCACAUCUAAUCUCUGGACUGUUUAGCUAACAGGAAAAGUAAAAAAAAGAGAGAGAGAAAGAAAAAGAGAAGCUCAAACAGGAAGGACUGUAUCAGAAAUCGGUUGGGACAAGAGGAGAAAUAUGUGCUUUAUGUUUCUGAAGUGAAUAUUAAGAACCAGCAAGACUGGGAAGUUCUGACUGCACAUGCAGAAGAUGGAGAUCUCAUUAACAGAAGAACUGUCCAGCACUUCUGUUUCUGUGUGUGAUGCUGUCACAGAAGGGAAAGAUACCUUUAUCUCCUCCAAAACUGUUUGGGAAGAGAACACAGAACUGCUGGGAGAGAGUUCAUCUUAUUGCACAUGUGAGCCAGCCAACGUGAAUGUACCUGCUUCAUCAAAUGUGAGAGAGAGCAAUGAAUUGCAUCAGCAGCAAAAGGAUAUAUCUCUGAAGAUAAUCUUGGUGAAAUGUAAGACUGGGCUUCCUGAUUCUGAGCUGCAGGGAUAUCUGAGAGGACAACUCCGUCUUCUGGAAAACGAUGACAGAAAAGCCAGGGCCAUUUUUAGUGAGUUAUCUGCCAGACUACUGUCCAUUCACAGUGAAGAUCACCUAAUAGUGGUAACGUUCUGGACCUUGGAAGAAAUCUGGAAGUUUGUAACUUAUUAUUCCCUUGGCUUUGUAAAUCACUGUAUGGAGAAUCUGUUGCUAGAUAAUUAUUUCUGGCUCUCUUCACAAGAGGAAGCAGUCGGUAUUGAUGUCCAUCUAGAUGAAGAAUGUCUUGACCUGAUAUACAGAGAUCUUUUAAUUCAAGAAGGGACCUUCUUUGUAUCUCAUCCUGAAAAUGCUGUAAGUGAGCAAAGAGUUGCAGAUGCUGGAGCUGGAAUUUACAAGCUGGCCUGGGCUGCAAUUGAGAGAGCCCCUGGAGUAACAGCAUGGGAAGACCUGUCUGAAGGUUCUUCAGUGCCCCUGAUCCCAUUUCAUCAAUGGUUCCUUAAAACAAAUGCAGACCUUCCUGAUUUUGCUAGAAAAGCUGAACCUACAGUCACCUGUCAAGUUGCCACAGGAUCUUCUGUAGCAAUUAUUAGCCAUGAAAGUGCUAUGCCUGAGGAACUCGUUUUCCAGAAGGGAGACAGAAUUGAAAUUAUUGGCUACUUUUUGCAAUGCAUGCAGUGGUUUGUGGGAAGGCAUGCCGCUACUGGUCAAGUUGGUUUUGUACAGAGCAAUCAUGUUAAACCUGACAUCUUGAAGACUACUAUAAUGGAACCGGCAUGCCUGGCUUUCUUAGAAGAAGAACAUUCUUAUACAAAAGCUCUUUUGGAAGAAAAUGUGAUAAAAUUCUUGACAGAAACAUCAAGCACUGAUAUCUGUAAUGCGUACCGAAUAGAUGGGCAAGAAGAUUUUGAGCUUUUCAAAUCUGCUGAGCAAGAGAUGUCACAUUUCUCUCUUAACAAAAACUCUUGCACAAGGAAAUACAAGGUGGAGCAAUUACUAAUGAAAGUGAAAGACUUAGAGUUGCACAAGGAGGAAGCAGAUGGCCAGAAAAGACUUGCUUUGAAUGGGGAGAAUCCUUCCAUAUCCUGGGAUCCACGUUUCUGCAUUUGCCGAGAUGGUGAAGCUUGCAAGCCAGAAAUCUAUGACUCAUUACUCUUGUUUCUGAACUGUAAAGCCUAUGAGACCAGCUUCAAAAACCUUUACGACCUCUCCUUUUCCUUUCUCAAUACCCUGUUCUAUGGCUACGAAAGUGAGGACGAACUCCUUGAUUAUCUUGGACUGGCAAGGGAAGCAGCAAAAUGGGCAAGCAUGCCAUGGGCCUUAACGAGGCUGUGCUAUCUCCUGGGGAGGAUGAGUGUCCGGAAGCUCAAAUUUUCUCAAGCUCGAGUUUAUUUUGAAGAAGCUUUGGCAGCAGUACAAGGAGAUUUUGGUGAUCCCUAUCUUAUAGCUACCCUUUAUGCAAAUCUAACGGGUAUCUACUUGAAACAGAAGAACAAGGAGAAAUGUGCAUGCAUGUUGGACAAGGCUGCUUCUUUGCUCAUGGGACUGCCCGACUAUGUCAGCAGCACAGCCUUGGAGUCGGAUAUUCUGAAGCACGCUUUGAAAAGGGCAGUCCUGAGUCGAAGCAAGGCUGCGGAAGCCAGAGCAUGCUUCCUGCUAGCAAAGCAUUAUUUGAACUUUAAACAUGGCGAGGAAGCCUUGCCUUUCCUAGAAAGGCUGCAGCUUCUGAAUAAUGACCUGGGUUUGCAAGAUAGCCUCUUGUCAGCUGACUGCUAUUUGAAACUAGGCCAACUCUACAGUAAAAAAUGUUUGCCCCACCUUAUGCUAAGCUGUGUCAAGGUUGCUUCUUCUUGCAGCUCAUGUACUUUGCUGGAGUCAUUCAGAAGCAUUGAUUUAGUACUAAAAAAUGCUCCCAGACUCCACAGUCUGGAAACUGUGGGGCAAACACCCCCCUCUCAAAUUGUACAUUAUCUCAGGCAACUGCUCCACCUGUUAGAGAUGAGCAAAUCACACCAAAAGCUGUGCAGCAUGGUUUCCUGUAACCUCUCUCUGCUUUACAGCUAUCACAAACAGUAUGGACAAGCAAUUGGCUACAUGGAAAAGGUAUUGGACACAAACCAAUAUACAAGUAUUGAAGAAAAAAUUAACCAUUUAGUUUUUCUCAGUUGGUUAUAUCUUCUCCACAAACAAAACACUGUAGCUCUGGACAUCUUAAAUGCCAUAGUAGAGUCUUCACAGAGCAGUUGUCAACAGCUUGGGGUUAUGUAUAACAUGAUUGCCAUUGGUCUGAAGCAGAUGAACGAUACAAAGGGAGCAGCUGAGAACUACUAUAAAGCUCUGAUCAUUUCAAGAGAGAUGGGAAUGAUGCAUAAUCAGGCAGUGGCUCUGGCCAAUUUUGGCAUCCUCUGUCUACAUGCAACUGCCAGAAGUCUUGGAGAGCACUUCUUAGUGGAAGCAGUGAAGCUGUUCUCUGAAUUGCCAAGUGCUGACUGUGGCAAUGAUUUUAUAGACAUCCUGCUCAGGCUAGGCUGCUCUUAUAUCAAAGGAAUUUAUAAGGAUAAGGGGAGAUGCUGUUACGAAUGGGCAUUUUUGGUGGCAAUGGAAACGAAUCAUUUGGAAGGGCAGCUCCGGGCUGUUCAGCAUCUGUGCCGCUUCUACAGUACCGUUCUUCCAGAUGAAGCUCAGUGUGUCAUCUAUAAUGAGUAUCAACUCUCCUUGGUUCGGAAAAUGUCUGACAAAGUCAUGGAGGGAGAGGUAUUGGAAACCAUCAGUCAGCUGUAUCUAUCUUUAGGCACGGAGAGGGCAUACAGAUCUGCUCUGGAAUAUACCAAAAGAAGCCUUGGGAUAUUCAUUGAUCUUCAGGCAAAAGAGAGGGAGGCACAGGCCUGGCUUCAGGCAGGAAAACUCUAUUACAAAUUGAAGCAGAACGAACUAGUAGAUCUUUAUAUCCAGGUUGCCCAAAAUGCUGCUGUGUGUACUCAGGAUCCUAAUUUAGAGAUGGAAAUGUUCGAAGCGUCAGGAGACAUAUUUUUUAAUGGUGACUGGGAAAAAGAAAAAGCAGUGCCAUUUUACAGGGACAAGGCUCUACCACUUGCUAUUAAGAUGAGGAACAGCAGCGCUGAGCUUCGACUCUUCAACAAACUGGUGGGAUUGCUGUUAACUCUAGAGGCUUAUGAGGAAUGUCUGGAAUAUGCACAAGCAUCAUUAGUGCUCAGUGUUGAUUUAGGGAAUCAGUUAAAUGAAAGAAUAGCAUAUCAUCGGCUGGCUGUUAUCCACCGUCACCUGGGUCAGUGUGAACUUGCUGAACACUUUUUUUUAAAAGCCUUGUCCCUCUGUUCUUCACCUCUUGAAUAUGAUGAGGAAGCCUUAUACUAUGUCAAAGUCUACCUUGUUCUUGGAGACAUUAUAUUCUAUGAACUAAAGGAUCCUUUUGAUGCUGCUGGAUACUAUAAUUUGGCCCUUGCAGCUGCCAUGGACUUGGGCCACAAGAAAGCUCAGCUAAAGAUUUAUACACAGCUUGCAAUAAUUUACCACAACUUCCUUGUCGACCGGGAGAUGUCUCUCUUUUUCUAUCAAAAGGCAAGAGCUUUUGCAACAGAGCUUAAUAUUCGUAGAAUAAAUCUAGCCCCUGACCAAUAUUAUAUGAGAGCGGCAACCUGGGUACCUGUGAAACAAGGCACAUGAAAAUACAACAGGGCACCUGGUGCUGGGGAGGGAGAUUAUAUUCCCUUUAGCCAAAUUGCUGGGGUGGGUGGGAGGGGACGCAGGAUUUGGAUACAGCACGAAGGUGGUUAUAUGAGAUACGCGGCACCUCAGUUCAGCUUCUCUAAGAGAGACACGAUUCUUCUCACAUCACCAAAUGUGCAACUGCAUGAGCGCCAAUGAAAGGAGUGCAAAAGGUUAUCCAUGAACUAUGGUAACUAUCAAUUUUCAUCUUACAACCAGAUUUUGGAACUGUUUAAGUACACUCUUUGAAAAUGGACAAAUCUUAAAAUAUGAUUAAAUACAAUUAAUGCGAGAAUUAAUUGAAUCAAUAAACAUGGUGACUAAAGCUUAAAAUGUUCUUGUGCUCCAAGGCCUAAUUAAUAAUGAAUUUUCUAGGAUUUGAGGAAAGGUUUGUUUAUAUAGCUAAUCCAACUAAAAUAACUGAAGCUGAAUUUCUUGUUAGCUAUUCUAUAUCUGUACAAGGAAAUAUUGAAGAUAAUUUUGCAGCCCUGAUCCUAUACUUGCAAGAUAGGGAUUUACUCACAAUUGUUAACUAGGCACAAUAUCUAUUUGCUUUUCCACUGAAUGGUCAAAAUAAUGUACAACCAACCAAUAUGUAAACAAGCUAAAAUAGAAACAGUUUAAAAUACAAUAAAGCAAACCUGACACAGCACAGCAGCAUAUAAAACUAAGGCUAAAUCCAGCAGCUUACAACUGUAGCACCUCCAGAUCUGCAGUAGUGUUUCACUCCUGAGGAUUCCAGACCAACCUCUGCUAUUACCAAGGUGAGUGUGCUGGGGUGAGCAACGUACAUUCCCUUAAAGAGCUGACAUAUGCCCUAUCACUCACCUGACUGCCCUUAUUUAGGUAAUAAAAGCAGUCUAUAAGGUCUUGGACCACAAGAGGGCACUAUAUGCCUUUUUGAGAAGAGAUUGCCAAUUGUUAAAGAUAAAAGAAGCAUGGAGAGAUUGUAAAAUGAAAACUUUUGGAAAACUGAAAGGACCCCUUCAAAUAAUCUAGUCCAUCUUCUGCAAAAACAGCAUCGUUUACCACAGAACGGAUGUGGGAGGAAAGAGAUUUGGAUGGAUGGAUGGUUGGGGCAAAGCUCUAAGAAGGAGGACUUUUUAAUGUGCAAGUGCAACCAGACACACAAACUACAGGGUUUUUUUCUUUUAAAAAGUAUAGUUAAAAGAACAUUUGUGUUGAUGAAUAAUUCAAGGCUUUCAAAUGUUGUAUGAUGUUAGAUGAUGUAAAACGGUAUUGAUAACCAUGAGAAAAGUAAAGUGAGAAGCACAGACUCCUCUACAACUCA